AUGCUUUACCGUAUGUCGGCUGCCCGCGCUGCGUUCCGCGCUGCAUCCAGCUCCAAUGCCUCUGCCGCAGUGCGCUCAGCUGUUCCACGCAGUGUCUUCCGGGCUCAAUUGACCUCCGCUGCGCGCCAACGCUUGACGUCCACACCUAACCUCGCUUUGGCCGUUCGCAAGCCCGUCACCACUGCUCUCGUCCGCUAUGCUUCUACCGCUACAGACAAGGCUACUGGUUCUUCGGCUGCUGGUCUUCCAGAGGAGGAACCUGAUAUGCUCGCUGGUGUCAAGAAUGAUGCGAAAGUCAUCAAGGAUACUUUCACUCUCAAGGAAGUUCCCAAGGAGGCUCUUUACUUCGGGCUUGCCGGUGUCAUUCCUUAUUUGGCCACCUCUUUGAACACCUGCUACCUCGCAUGGGAAAUCAACAACAAUGUCGUCAACGGUUCUGGUUUCUUGCUCUCCGGAGAGACUGCAUCCUUCUUGCUCCACCUUACUGAGCCUAUUCAGAUCGGAUACGGUGCCGUUAUCUUGUCCUUCCUUGGUGCCAUCCACUGGGGUCUAGAGUGGGCUGGAUACGGUGGAACUCACGGCUUCCGCCGAUAUGCCACUGGAGUCAUUGCACCCGCUGUGGCUUGGCCCACGUUGCUGCUCCCCGUUGAGCACGCUCUUAUUACCCAGUUCCUUGCUUUCACCUUCUUGUACUACAACGACGCCCGUGCUGCCGGCCGCGGACUUGCUCCUCACUGGUACGGCAUGUACCGAUUCGUGUUGACCUUUGUUGUCGGGGCCAGCAUUGUCGCCACUCUGAUUGGCCGCGAGCACAUUUCCCAGCACGACACUGAGGAGCACACCUUGAAGGAGAAGAUUCAGGCUCUUCUCUUCCUCCGCAAGAAGGAGAUUGAGGAGGCCAAGAAGCGUGCUCAGGAAGAGAAGGAGGCUUUUGAAGAGUAAUCCAGAGUUGAUAUAAGAUUGAAACAGUAGUAUCUGUCCUUGGAUGGUUCAAUUGUUUCUUUGGAAGCCACUACAUUGCGCGUACUGAUCAAUGUCUCUAGGCUAGUCAUUCUAAAGCACUUUCCUUUGUCGUUGUAGAUUAUUUUAAAAGAGUUUCAAAUACGAGCUGUUCGAAUGCGU